UGCGUUCGUUUCCCCCGCCUCGGUAUGCAACCGCCCUCCGUCUAGGCAUGGCAAACACGCAGAGAUUUGAUCCUUUUAACCUUAUUUAACAUGUGUCUGUCACUUAUUUGCGGGUGUCUCAAGGCGUAUUUAUUCCCCCGGCCAUCGUGACUGUCUUUGUGAGAGGAUAUAUGGUGUUUUGAUAACUUGGCAAGAUGUCAUCACGUUGCCAACACUGUGGGUGUGGGGACAUCGACAUCGACCCAGCUCGGGGAGAUGCUGUGUGUACCUCAUGUGGUACAGUUCUAUCGGAACAUAACAUUGUCAGUGAAGUUCAGUUUCUGGAGAAUUCUCAUGGUGGAAGUUCAGCUGUGGGCCAGUUUGUGUCCUCAGAUGCAGGCGGUAAGCGGCCUAUGUUUAGGGGCUAUAAUGGAACCUUUGCCAGAGAAAGUAAGGAAAUUACACUCAAUAAUGCGCGAAAAAGGAUUAAUGCCCUGGCCCAGCAGCUACGCCUCAGCCAACACAGUAUUGAAACAUCAUUUAAUUUUUUCAAGUUAGGGCUGAGUAAAGGGCUUAUGCGUGGAAGGAAAAAUAACCACGUGAUUGGUGCUUGUGUGUACAUCACUUGCCGGACAGAACAGACUCCGCACAUGUUAAUUGACGUGAGUGAUGCCCUCCAAAUCGAUGUGUACGAGUUGGGACGGACAUACCUGCGGCUGUCAACAGCUCUGUGCAUAAACAUUCCAGCCAUGGAUCCUUGCUUGUAUAUUUGGAGAUUUGCUCACAAGUUGUCCUUUGGUGACAAGACACAUGAGGUCUCAGAAACGGCCUUACGUUUGGUUAAAAGGAUGAAGAGGGACUGGAUGCAUACCGGCAGGAGACCAUCUGGGGUGUGUGGUGCGGCCCUAGUCAUCUCUGCCAGGUUGCAUGGCUACAACCGCACUAUCAAUGACGUCAUUAAAGUGGUCAAGGUGCAUGAAUCAACCUUGCGCAAGCGUUUAACAGAGUUUGGAGAGACACCCUCCAGUGCCCUGACCCCAGAGGAAUUCAUGACCAUGGACCUGGAUGAGGAGCAGGACCCACCCGCCUUCAGGGCUGCCAGGAAGCGGGAGAAGGAGCGUGUGCAGAAGCUCCUUGAUGAGCAGGAGGACCUGGACAGUGAGUUGACUGUGUUACAGCAGGAGAUUGAGAAACACCUUGAGGAACGGAAACGGAAGCUAAGAGGAAUAUGGGCAAAAUAUGACAGGGAGGAGGAAACGACUGAGGAGGAGAGUGUAGAACAGGAGAGCGCUGAUACACAGAAAUUUAUCACUGAAGCAACCUUACAGACCAUAGAUGAAUGCUUAGGCGAGAAUGGUGAUGAAGCUAUAAAACCGGAAUUAAAAGUGCAGGGGAUAGGUCCCUCUGCAGCUAGUUUGGGUCUGAAGGAAACAAUAGAGGAAUGCAUGGAGAUUCGCCCAAAUGACCCAGAGCCAGAGGACCGUGGAGUGCUGGACCUCUCAGGCAUUGAUGAAGAUGAAAUUGACUCGUACAUCAUGUCUGAUCGAGAGAUCAAGCUGAAGACAGAACUGUGGAUGAAGAUCAACAAGGACUACUUGGAAGAAUUGAAGCUCAAGGAGGAGAGGGAGAAGAAGGAGGCAGAGGAGAGAGAGAAGGAAGGCAAACCUCCAAAGAAGAAGAAGAACUACACCAAAAAGUCCAAGAGCAAUGCUCCAGCAAACACUGCAGGGGAGGCCAUUGAAAAGAUGCUCAUGGAGAAGAAGCUGUCCAACAAGAUCAACUAUGAUGUCCUGCGGAGCCUGAAGGGUGAGGACACAGGAGGGGGGGAAGAGGAUAUCAAGGAGGAGAAGCCCAGCCCCAAAACCCUCAAGACCAUACCAGUCGAGACACCUGAAGGCAUUUCGUCUGUGCUCCACUCAUUGACUGGGAAGAGACCCAGGAACAGCAUCAAGGAGGAGGGAGAGAAGUCACCCAAGAAGAUAAAGGGAGAGACAACUGAUGCAGCCAACACCUCUCUAGGCCCCAAGGUGGAAGAUGCUGAAGAAGAGGAAGAAGAGGAGGAAGAGGAUUGCGAAGAAGAGGAAGCUGAGGAUGAGGAAGAGGAUGAGGGCAGCCUAUCCACAGCCCAGCUCCUCAGGAGACGAAGGGGAGAGGACAACUCCUAUGAUGAUUACUAUGAUGACUAUUAUGAUUAACAGAAAGAGUUUGAUGGACAUAGUCUUUUAAUUUAUUUCCUUUUCUAUUUUCAUGAGAAGUCUGAGCAUUUUUUUCUUUAAUGUCAUUUGAGUGAACUGAUUUUAUUACCUAGCAGUGGACCACAUAUACAAGUCAUUAACUUGCAGGCAUUGAAGUUCAAGUACAAAUAAUAUAUAUAAGUGAAUUAGUCCUUCAGGAUUUGAAUCCUUGAGGAUAAAGAAAGGAAAAAACAUAUUCAGUGAAAAAGUGAAUGGAAAUAUCAUCUUUAUUAUGUUUUAUAUGUAGCUUUUAUCAAUAAUUAUAAUAGUGAAAAGAAGAAACUUACACUUCAGUUAUAUUGGUGUGCUGUACAGAAUGUAGCUUUUAUUUAUUUACUUUUAAAAAAUAUUUUUGUCAGUAUUGAGAUGUUUUCUGGUCACAAAAUAUGAAUCAUUCUCAUCGAAAAGAUCAUAAUUUUAACACCAAAGGAACAUUGAAAAAUAUGCGUUACAUUUCUUAGGAGAAUGGGUCAUAUUUUUUGGAAGAUAGAUACAUUGGCGUUUGAUUUACACAAACUUUUGUAAAUUAUUUCAUGAAUGCAAAUUUGGUCUGACAGCAGCAGAAUGUAUAGUGUAGCCUUCAGUGUUGAAUAGAGUACUUUAUUUUGUGUAUGAAAACCCAUUUUUAAUGUAAUUAAAAUUGUUAAACAUUAAGAAAACAAUUUAAAGUGGCAGUAGAAAAUAAGUACCUUUCUAGAUCAUAUUGUCAUGAUUUGUAUUAUUAUUAUUGUUAUUAUUAUUAUUAUGAUGAUGAUGAUUGUUAGUUUUACCUUUAAUGGUAAGGUAGGAUGUACAAUCUUUUGUUUUUAUAUAUCAUUAUUUGAAUAUAACUACACACUGAAGAAAACACUGUAUGGUAUGUAUAUAUUAUAAAAGGUUGUAGAUUACAGACAGAUCAAAGUAUAAGAAAUAAUGAUUCUUGUAGUACAAA